AUUUAAAUAUCCUUCUAGUCCUCGUUAAGCUUGGUAACGUCCCUUCACAGAUUUUGGUUGCCUCCGCUGCUCCCUUCUCGGGGUUAUCAUCCGGACCAACGGCAGUCCCGCCGUAGCGGAGCGCGAAGCGGCGCAUGCCGUGAGAUCCCCACGCGAGAACUGACGUGGCUGCUUCUCAGCCGUUCCUUUUCCUCCCUCCCCUCUCUGUUUCCAGCUCUCAAAGCCAAAGCUUGUUAUUCCCACCCACCAUCACUCUCCUUCCCUCCUCUCCCUCCUCUUCCUCGCCCCUAGCGCCGGCUCGUCGGUAGCGCUCGCCGAUACGCGGCUCGUAACGGGCCUCCUUAUCUUUUCGUAUCAGUUUUUUUUUUUUCUUUUCUUUGUCCCGCCCUUCUUGUUUUUCGUUAUACUGUUCCGUGGCGGUAUCGGUCUGGGGUUUUAGAGUGGGCUCGGUGGUUGGACUUGGAGCUCGAGGGAAGAGGGGACCUAGGGUUCUUGUGCGGAAAUCUGUGUUGCUAUCUCAUGGCGUCAGAGAUCGAGACGGUUAAGGGUAUCUUUUCUUCGAUUUUAGUUAUUUUUUCGUUUUUCUUUUUGGGCCAAUUUUAGAUUUGGGUCGGUUGGCUUUCCUCUCUUCUCUAGCUGAUCUCGGAUUCUUCUUGAAAAAGGAUUUUUUUUCUUUCUUUUUUUUUUUGUAUGGAAUCGACAGGUCGUCGGUAGCGAUUUUGUUUUCUGGUAUUUUCCGGCGAGGUUUGGUAAAUUGAUGCUGGGAUUGCUAGUUGUCGCGUUUGAUAGUCUUCCUUUAUCCCAGAAAAUUAAUUAGGUAGGAGAUAAAAGUUCAAAUGGUCUUGUUCGAUCAAGGUUUCUGAUGUGUGGUUUGAAAUAUUUAUAGCUUUUCAAAUGAUCUAGAUUUUAUGCAGACGAGUUCUGCUGCCUUUAGAUGCGAAGAUUUGUUCUUCUUUCUAUCGAUUCUCUCUGGUCGGCGGAGAGGUCAUGUGGAUUUGAUGAAAAGUCUCGUGCUUUAUUAGGUUUUAUGCUUUCAUUUGUUCAACCUUUAUGAUUUUUAUAACCGAAGUUAGAGUUUGCUGUAUCUGGUCUUCUAGGCUUUGUUAAGAGAACAAAGGGAAUUAGCUGAUUUUUCUGUCAUGAUGGCAUUCUGAUGCAUUCUGUUAUGAUGUGAAUUUGAUGCAUAAAGAAAGUCUGUACCUUGGAUUUAUCCAAAAAGAUAUUGUAAAUACUAUCUUUUGCUUCUUUUUUUUGUUUUUGUUGGGAUUACUGACUUCUCUUUUUAAUCCAGUUGUGGAUGAUGCAAUGAAAAAAUUGAAAAUAGAUUCAUCUUCUAAAGCCAGCACCAGCAAUCUGUCUGGACCAAAAGAUGGGAGCACAUCUGAUGCAACAUCAUGUAUCUCUUCAGGCGAUGCAACAAGCAGCAUCAAAGAAAGUGAGGUGGACCAAGAGGCUUUGCUGCCUGAGCAGAGCAUCUACUAUCCUGUUAAUGGAAUGUAUGCCUAUUAUUAUCCAGGCUUCAAUGGCUCAUUUGGGGAAUGGGAUGGCCAUAGUUAUUUAAUGGGGACUGGAGGCUUGGAAAUUCAGCACCCUGCUAGUCAAGCAGAUAACAGUUCACCUGUAUACUAUUUUCCUGGAUUUCAACUUGGACAUACCCCUUAUGGUCCAUUUUUACCUGGGCCUAUGGUUGGUUUGGAUGGGCAAUUUUUGGGCCAACAGCCGUACUACACAAGUCCAAUAUUUUCCCCACCCCUUGUCUCUCCAAGAUUUGUUUCUCAACCAGAUGCUUAUGGACCAGAGCUGGUUCAUGCAUACUCAUGGGAUUCAUCUCCUUUAUCUGCUGAUGGACUCUAUGGGAAUGGAUUUGCUGGAGAUCCAACAUCCCGACCCUUGAGAUAUAAUUUGUCUUCACAAAAUCGUACAUGUACUCCUGCAAAACCUUCAGUGCAAUCCAAGUCUAAUGCUGUGGAAAAUAAAGGAACUUCACCAGCAUCAGAUGACUCACUAAAUCCUGCUCUUCCUAGCCAGACUUUUGAGCCUGCAAAUAAGGCGACUGCUGUUCUCUCCAAAGUUUUUCUUCCAGCAGACCAGUUUCCUUCAUAUUCCAACCAAGGGAAGAGUGGCCUAUUGUAUCCGAACAACCCUACUUUCAUUAAGGAAAGUGGAUGUAGGUGGGCUGGGACUGAGAAGCUGAAAGCAAGAAACAAUGCUCAAGGACCUGGUGAUCUUGGCAUGUUAAGUGAACAGAAUCAUGGUGCUAGAAUAAAUGGCAAUACGGAGAUAUCUGAGGUCAAUUCUGUUGCAUUUCCGUGUGCUAAGGUGAAUGACAGUAGCACUACCACAAAUGCUGCUGUAAAGAAGGAUGAAUACAACCUUCCAGAUUUUCCAACCAAGUAUGAUCAUGGAUUGUUCUUUGUUAUAAAAUCAUAUAGUGAAGAUGAUAUUCACAAGAGUAUAAAAUAUAAUGUUUGGUCAAGCACUCCAAGUGGAAACAAGAGACUUGACAAUGCUUUUCAAGUUGCACAGGAGAAAAUGGCAGAAAAAGGCAGCAAGUGUCCUGUAUUUCUCUUCUUUUCUGUAAAUGCAAGCGGUCAGUUCUGUGGUAUAGCUGAAAUGGUUGGUCGAGUUGAUUUCAGCAAAAAUAUGGAUUUUUGGCAACAAGACAAGUGGACUGGUUUUUUCCCGGUCAAAUGGCACAUGAUCAAAGACAUCCCAAACCCACAACUCCGUCAUAUAAUUUUGGAGAACAAUGACAAUAAGCCUGUAACAAAUAGCAGAGAUACACAGGAGGUCAAAUUUCCCCAAGGUACUGAGGUGUUGAGCAUUUUCAAAAGCUACUCUUCGAAAACUUCAAUAUUGGAUGAUUUUGAUUUUUAUGAAAACCGGCAGAAAGCAAUGCAAGACAAGAAGAUCAAGGUACCAGCUUCCAAAAUGGAGCAUCUUUUGCGAAGACCUAAUGAAAUAGCUGAAGUUGCAAAGCCGGGUGAUCUUAAAUCCAUGGUUUCUAGUCUUCAGUCAAUUGGAUUAGCAGCUACCAAGACCGAGGAAGAUGUCCUGGUUGGUGGCAUCUCUAAAUAGUGAUGAUGAUUGUUUGAACCAGGACAAAGGGCUUUGAAGGAUCAAAUGUGUGGCUCAUUGGCUGUGUAAAUGCAUAGGCGCCACUGGUUCAUGCGUGGAAUGACUUGGACCUCUUUCGAGCAAGGAAACAUGGAGGAAAUUCCCUUUUGUGAUCACCUGAUGAGCGGUGUUUACUGCGAUGAUUGGGUGGAGACUUUUUAAGGUGGUAGCUGAUGAUGGAUGGUCUGGUGCUUGAUGACUAUAAAAGUCUCCUUUUUUUCUUUGCAUCUCUUUUCUGCUUCAUGCCUCCUUGAUCUAGUUUUGGUGGAUGUUCUUUUUCCUUAUGCUUUGGUCGGUGGCCUCUAGUUUGGUCGGAGGGUUUUUGGUGGGUGGGUGGCUGAAGUUGAAGCUUCUCCUUUUAGAGUUGGUGAUCAGUUUGGGAUGGGGUCAGUGGAUUUUAUGCAGGUUUCCAUCUCCGGGCUUUCCGACAUAAAAGCUCAGGAGCUUGUGGAUGCAGUGUUGUAAAGUGGAAAAGGUGGAAGGCCAGGAAAAGGAUUACAAGGCCCCAAAUUAAAUAUGUUGCUUUCUUUUUAGGCCCUCCUGCCUCCUUUUUUCCUAUUUCUUUUUCUUUUUUUUGCCAUGAUGAUCACUUUCUUUAAGCAGAUUGUGUCGUUUUAGUCCUUA